UUGUCCAUCCUAUGAUAUCCUUAACCUUAAUUAAACUAGUUCAAUCCAAAGCUUAAACCCUUAAAUAUGUCACCUAAAAAUACUAAUAUCCUUGUUUACAUUGUUCUUCUAGUCGUUGCUUCCUACGUUGCUUAUGCAACUGAUCCAAAUCAGCUACAAGAUUUCUGUGUUGGAGUUAAUAACCCCAUUGAUGGAUUGUUUGUGAACGGAUUGUUCUGUAAGAAUCCAAUGGUGGUGAAAGCGGAGGACUUCUAUUUCCAAGGGCUAGACAAGGCAGGAAACACAAACAACCAAGUAGGGUCGAAUGUGACACGAGUUACAGCAAUGAAUCUUCCAGGAUUAAACACACUGGGUAUAUCAUUAGCUAGAAUUGACGUAGCACCUUAUGGUGUUAACACUCCCCACCAUCAUCCUCGUGCCACAGAGAUCCUUACAGUACUUGAAGGAACUUUCUAUGCUGGUUUCAUAACUUCUAAUUUGCAGAAUGGUGAAAACAAGUUAUUUACAAAGAUACUUAACAAAGGAGAUGUUUUUAUAUUUCCUCAAGGUCUCAUUCAUUUUGAGUCUAAUAUUGGUCAUACUCCUGCUGUUGCACUUUCUGCCUUUAGCAGCCAAAAUCCUGGUGUUGUUACUAUUGCUGCUGCUACUUUUGGGGCUAACCCACCUAUCUCUGUCGAUGUUCUAAGCAGGGCUUUUCAACUCAAUCCAGUUAUAGUAAAGAACCUUCAGUCACGCAGAUUUGAAUGACAUAGCGGAUUAAUAACCAUGUCAUUUGUAUGUUCUUGGUUUAACAUUAUCGUACUACACUACACCGUUGGUUGAAUAAAACGUAGUGAUAUCACAUUUGCCAGUUGAA